GUAGUGGUUAUCACGUUCGCCUCACACGCGAAAGGUCCCCGGUUCGAAACCGGGCGGAAACACGCCUUCUCAUUUUCUCUUACUACGAAAUUCUUACAAUGUGAAUCUUUUAAAGGUUUUUCAGGCAGUCAUAAAUUUCCGUCUUGCUAGCUCGCGGCAGCGGUGCUCAGGACGGGCCUCAGGCCCACACAGUGUUGCCAGGGGGAGAACCGGCUCUCUCCGGCUGGGACUCGGGGCGGUUCCCCGCCUGCAGCCCCGGAAGCGCAUCCCCGCCUUCCCCCGCCUUCCUGUUCGCCGCGGUGCCCGGCUGCGGUCGUCUUCUCUCUCAGGGCGGGUGCUGGCCCUGCCCACGUCUAGGGCUCUGCUGCUGCCAGGGCCGCAGCUGGGGUUCCCGCGCCCCUCGGACGCCCACGAGACUCUGACAUCUUUCCAGGAGCAGCGUGAGGAAGACAGACGCACCCACCAGGACGUCUUAAGCCACCUGCCAACACUGCUGCCACCAUGCCCAAGAGAAAGGCAAAAGGAGAUGCUAAAGGUGAUAAAGCAAAGGUGAAGGAUGAGCCACAGAGGAGAUCGGCGCGGUUGUCUGCUAAACCAGCUCCUCCAAAACCAGAGCCCAGGCCUAAAAAGGUGCCUGCAAAGAAGGGAGAGAAGCUGCCCAAAGGGAGAAAGGGGAAAGCAGAUGCUGGCAAGGAUGGGAACAACCCUGCAAAAAACCGAGAUGCCUCUACACUCCAGUCCCAGAAAGCGGAAGGCACUGGGGAUGCCAAGUGAAAUGGACAGUUUUGAUAGUUCUGUACUUACAGUGACUCUACUGUUUGAAAUCCUAUUUUUUUAAAUCAAGUUUUAUAAAACUGUAGAAGUUUGGCUCUCUUUUUUAAGUUAUGUUGUUAGCACACAGGAUACUUCAUUGUUGUCUUUUGUGGAAAGGGCAAAUACCACUAAUAGGGUGUAUCUCAGAAAUGGAAUUAAAAUAGGGGAAAAUAAGAUUUUCUGUCCCGGUUUUUGAAGAUCGUUCUUGAUUCCCAGGAGAGAUUCUCUGACAUUCUCAUGUCAGCCACUUGGGCACAGAAGCCUUACAGUGUAGGGAAACAAAACUUCACGUCUUCUUCUUCCCUGAUGCCAUCAGCAUAGACUUAACUUCCUCAAACCAAAAGUCUUGAUGUAGCCUUGGCAGCCCGAAAAUCAGCUGUGUUAAGUAACAAAACUCAGGCACUCCGGUGGUGACAUCGAAAUUGUGUCACUCAAAAGAACCAAGAUGCCUGUUUUUAGUUUGUGGAUUCAUCCUGCAGGUUUUACUUUAUUUCCUCCAUAUCAAAGUAGGCCUGUAAAAAGUUCAUACUCACCUCAUGUGAAGUGUCCACCCUCUCUGAAUAUCUUUCUCCUUCAGAGCAGCAACAAAAUACAUUGUUAGCUUUCACAGUGACUUUCCGAGGAGGGGAGUUUGGAAAUUGUAAUAUGUUGACUAUUUCCUGCUGAAAAUAAAUGUUUUUAAAAUGUAUAACAUAAAGCUGAAUACUAGUUGGUUUGUGGGGAGAUCCUUUCCUGCCCAAAGUCAUAAAUCCAUUCUUUACUGCCUUGUAGAAGUUUUAUAGUUUUUUCUUUCGUAUUUGUCUUUAGUCCGCCCUGAACUGCUUUUUUGUGAAAAUUAAGAGUUAGAAAUUCAAUUUAAUAUUUUUCAUAUGGCAAAGUGGUUGUCUCAGCACUAUUUACUGAAAAGUUCAUCCUUUCUCCAGUGAUUUGUAACACUGCCUCUUUUUCAUAAAUUAAGUGUUUGUGUACAUGUUUGGGUAUUUUGAUGGUUUCUAUUCUGACUCAUGUCAAUUUGUCUUAUCUUGUAGCAGUACAAUGCAGUCCUGAUUAUUACAACUCUAGGAAAAGGUCUUGAUAAAAACCAAGAUGCCUCCACCUUUUGUCAUAAUUUUAACCAAUCUCACCUCUGUCUCCAGUAUCACCACAAAUUUUUUCUUCCUUGGAGUGUCUGGGCUAUUCUAUGUCAUCUGCUCUUCUAUUUAACUUCUAGAAGUAGAUCAACAAGUUAUAAAUUAAACAAACCCAAGAAUGUUGAAAUUUUGAUUUGAUUUGUAUUGAAUGUAUAGAUUACUUUGGUAAGCCAUGUCAUCUUUACAAUGUUGUCUUCCAAUCCAUGAAUAUGGUACAGCUGUCCAUUUACUUAGGCCUUUGACAUAUCUUUCAAUAAAGUUUAUAAUUUUCUCCA